AUGGCUUCCUUACUAGGUGCAGGGUACGAGUCAAGCGACGAUGACGCCACAGCGCCCAACCCUUCAGUAACGACUGCGACCAAGAUUGUCGCCGCUCCAGAAGUCAAUACAGAGGAUCAAGCGCAUAUGCAGAUGACACUCGCCAAUACCUCGUCGCAAGCCCUCACCUACAACGCCACAUACGAUGAUCUCACACGGCCAUCCCAAGGCCCCGUCAAUCCCUUUAAACCAGCAGGACCUGGAAACGGUGUGAAGCGGAAGAAUGUCCCGACAGGAUUUGCGGAGGAGGCAGCCAUCAGCGAGGCGACAUUUGCCGCCCAACAUCGUACGUUCCAGAGCCUGGGGUACACGCGCAAUCCAACUGCGCCAGACCAUUUCGUGGGAGAUUUGGGAAAGGUCGCUCAAUUUGGCGGGAAGGAUGUGGUGCAGAUGAAGCCGACUAAGGAGGCCUCUGCUGCGUGGCGCGCAAAGCGACAAAGGAAGGGCGACUCGAGCAUUGUGGAGGGGGAGGGUGCUUAUCUUGGACCCUGGGCCCAAUACAACAAUGAGCAGCAGUACGAGGAGAUUGAGGUGGGCUCGGGAGAAGAGCGCGAGCUUGGGAGUGAUGAGGAAUGGGCGGAAGAGGAGAAUGAGACCUUGGCCCCUGCGGCACCUUUGCCGGCCAUGCGCAAGGAAGCCACCGACUACCAGGGAGAUACUUCCAAGGUGGAAACGACUGAAUUCCAUGGCUCUGAGCAGUUCGAUUACCAAGGCCGAACGUACAUGCAUGUUCCCCAGGACUUGGAUAUCGAUCUGAAGAAGGAAGUGGGCAGCGUGAAAAACUACGUGCCCAAGAAAUUGGUGCAUACCUGGAAGUCUCAUACAAAGCCGAUCACUUCAUUGCGAUUUUUCCCGACCUCUGGCCAUCUGCUGCUUUCUUCUGCGGCGGAUGGAAAGGCCAAGAUCUGGGAUGUUUAUCACUCCCGGGAGCUGCUUCGAACAUUCUCAGGUCACACGAAGGCCAUCACCGAUACCGACUUCGAUCCUACCGGGAAGACCUUCUUGACUGCCUCCUUUGACAGACAGAUUAAGCUUUGGGACACGGAAUAUGGCAAAUGUCUGGGACGUUUCUCCACCGGCAAGACACCGCACGUUGUGCGUUUCAACCCGGGUGCCGAACAUUCACACGAGUUCGUGGCUGGUAUGUCAGACAAGAAGAUUGUUCAGUUUGACACUCGAUCAGGCGAACUCGUUCAGGAGUACAAUCAUCAUUUGGCAGCCGUCAACACCAUCACCUUCGUCGACGACAACCGACGAUUCAUCUCGACUUCCGAUGACAAGUCCCUCCGUGCUUGGGAAUAUGGUAUUCCUGUACCGAUCAAGUUCAUCGCUGAGCCCUACAUGUUCGCUCUGACACGGGCGACUCCCCACCCCAACGGCAAAUAUGUGGCCUUCCAGUCGGGUGACAAUCAAAUUGUGGUCUACGGCGCCACGGACAAGUUUCGACAAAAUCGCAAGAAGAGCUUCCGCGGCCACAACAAUGCUGGCUAUGGCAUUGAUAUUAAGAUCUCACCAGAUGGUCAAUUCCUCGCAUCAGGUGACAGUGGUGGCUUUGUCUGCUUCUGGGAUUGGAAGACCGGAAAAAUGUAUCAUAAGAUCAUGGCAGGUGGAAAGGAAGGAGGCGCUACGACCUGUCUGGACUGGCAUCCGCAAGAGACUAGCAAGGUUGCGACGGGUGGCUUGGAGGGCGUUAUCAAGUACUGGGACUAA